UUCCACCUCUCCCCCAACCUCACCCUGCUCUCCUGGGGCAGGACCGGGCCCAAGCUGGACAGCCUGGACUGCCUGCCCCCUAUCGACGCCGCCUCCUGCCCCCAGGCCCGGGAGACGGACAACACCAACCAGCUGCUGCUGGUGGAGGGGGAGCGCGGCCUCAUCGUGUGCGGGACGGCCCUGCAGGGCAUCUGCGAGAAGCGCGGCCUGGGGAACGUGUCGCAGGUCCUGUACCGGACCGAGGUCCCGGUGGAGAACCAGUACGUGGCCGCGAACGACCCCCAGGUGGCCACGGUGGGGGUGGUGGUGGAGCAGCCGGGCGAGGGCGGCCGGGAGGGGCCGCUGUUCCUCCUGGUGGGCCGCGGCUACACCAGCAAGGGCCCGGGCAUCAUCCCGCCCAUCACCGUGCGCCGGCUGGAGGGGACGCCGCUGGCGCCGGCCUUCUCCCACGAGGAGCUGGGCAAGCUGGUGGUGGGCAGCUACUCGGAGUACAACAGCCGCUUCGUGGCCGCGCUGCGCCACGCCGGCCACGUCUACUUCCUGCUGUGGCGGCGCAACGUGCGCGGCCGGCGGGAGUACCGCACCUACGUCUCGCGCCUCUGCGCCCGCGACGCCGGCUUCUACUCCUACGUGGAGGUGCCCCUGUCCUGCGGGGGGCCGGAGUUCCGGCGGGCGCAGGCGGCCUCCCUGCUGGCCGCCCGCCAGGACGCCCCCGCGCUGUUCGUGGUGAUGGCGGACGAGCGGAGCCCGCCCCGCACGGCGCUGUGCGCCUUCCCGCUGCUGGAGCUGGACCGGGCGCUGCAGCGGGCCCAGCACCUGUGCUACACGCAGGAGGGCUUCGGGCCGCAGGGGCAGCGGGAGGCCUACAUCGAGUACGGAGUGAAGUCGGACUGCCUGCGGCUGCCUCAGGACUCUGUGCAGAAGUACCCCUGUGGUGGAGAGCACACCCCCAGCCCGAUCGCCAGCACCCAGCCUCUUGAGGUCACGCCCAUUAUUGCCAUGGACACGCUGCUCUCGGCUGUCACCACGACAACAGAAUCGGGACAUACCAUUGUCCUGCUGGGGGACAGUCAGGGGAGACUCCACAAGGUGCUGGUUCAGUCAGGCGUGGGGCAGGUAUACGAAACAGUCCAGGUGGACCCGGGCUCCGCGGUCAGCGCUGACCUUCUGCUGGACGGCGAGAGGGAGAACGUCUACGUCAUGACUAGGGCCAGGGUCACGAAGGUGCCGGUGUCCCAGUGCGGGCGGCACACAGACUGCCCGUCCUGUCUCUCCGCCAGGGACCCCUACUGCGGCUGGUGUGUGCUGGAGGGCAGGUGCUGCAGGAAGCUGGAGUGCUCUCGCCACCAGAAGCCCAACCACUGGCUCUGGAGCUACGACCCCCAGAACCGGUGUGUCGCCGUGCAGAGCAUCAGCCCAGCCAAUCAGAGCCGGGACGAGCAGACGCAGGUGUCUCUCUCGGUGCCUCUGCUGCCGUUCCUCUCGGAGGCGGAGUCUCUCUCCUGCACGUUCGGAAACCUCCCCGCCCAGCCAGCGGUCGUCACGGCAACCAGCGUCACUUGCCUGUCUCCCUCUCCGGAGCUCCUCCCACCCAGCGCCGCAGGGAGAGAUCAUGUAGUGGUGCCAGUGGCGGUGAUGUUUGGAGACGUGACAGUUGCCCAGACUCUCCUCACCCUCUACGACUGUGGAGCCACUGGCCGGCUCAACGUCACCUCUCCGAUGGUGUGUGUAAUCAGUGUGUGGGGCUGUCACUGGUGUCUCCAGAACCACUUGUGCACUCACCGAGAGAGCUGCCCUGACCAGCGCAUCAUCUACAGCUCACAGCUCAUGGCAAAUAGAUUAACGUCCUCACUAACACCUAACGCUACAGCGGUUCGCACUGCUCCAUCCUCAGCCAAUCCCCACUCCCUCUCGACUCCCAGUCCUCCGUCCUCCUCUGCCCUGACCAAUCAGACACCUAGCGUCCCCCCAUUGCCGUCCCAGCAGCAAAUCAGAUUGCAGAGUGCAGGUGCCACCACAGACGGAAACCCCGCCUCCGCGUCCGAGCCGGCCAAUCACACUGAUGGGUGGACUGGCUCCGAUUGGAUGGAAUUGGAGGAGGGGGCAGGGCCAAACAGUAGCUCUUUCUCUUCAUUGGCCGAUGAUGGCACGUUGCCCUUUGAUCUCUGGGAUUCCGUGCCCAUCACAGAGAUCGAGCCCCAGACUGGCCCAGUGGAAGGGGGCAUCGCCCUCACUAUCUGGGGCUCCAACCUGGGACAGAGUUUUGAGGAUAUCCAGGCAGGGGUUACCGUGGCUGGGGUGAGCUGCGUACCACAGCCCCAGGCUUACCUCAUCUCCACCAGGGUCGUGUGUGAGCUGCAGCCCAGCGAGGGAGAGACUGAGGGCCCAGUGAGGGUGACGGUGGGUGACCAGGACUCGGACUCCGGAGAGUCAGAGCAGACCUUCACCUACCAGGAUCCCCAGCUGAGCAGCAUCACUCCGGCCAGGGGUCCGAUGGCUGGUGGGACCUUACUGACAGUGCUGGGGUCCAAACUGCGCACGGGACAGAGGAGCGACCUCGCCGCCUACACGGGACACGCCCCCUGUCUCAUGGAGGGAGAGGUCACGGACACCCAGCUGGUCUGCCGCACCAGCCUGACCAAUGAGACGGCGGACGUGGAGGUCAAAGUGCUUUUCGGCCGGGCAGAGAGGAUUCUGGGGGAUUUGGUGUUCCAGUACACAGAGGACCCAGUCAUUACCUACGCUGCCCCUGCGGAGAGUUUCUAUGGGGGUGGGCGUGUCAUUAAGGCCAAGGGGCGGAACCUAGAUGUGGUGCAGCGGCCAAUCAUCAUGGUGCAGGCGGAGCCAGCGGAAAGUGGGCAGGGACGGCAGAAGCGGUUCAGCCAAUCAGCUGCCAGGAGUGAAGGAGGCGUAUCAAACAGUAGCAGUGUUCAACAGGAGCCGUGCCUGGUCCACUCCCCUGAAGACAUGGACUGCCCCACGCCCCCGGUCCCCGCGGAGUUGAAGGUCGUGGGGGUGUGGUUCCAGAUGGACAACGUGCGUGUGGAGUUUGAGGAAGUGGGGGAGCGCCCCUUCACCUACCACCCCGAUCCGGAGCUGAGACCCCUCAACGGCGACAACCCCGAUCAGCCCUUCCGUUUCAAACCCGGCGGGGUCCUCGCCGUCGAGGGCAGAGGGCUGACCCUUGCGAUGACCCGGGAGGAGGUGAUUGCACGGGUGGGCCAGGAGGAGUGCGAGAUCAAGACGCUGGACAGCACUCACCUGUACUGCGAGCCGCCCGAGAGCCAGCCCAGCCCAGAGGACACCAGCCCCCUGCCCGCGCUGACCGUUGUGAUGGGCAGACUGCAGUUCCCUCUGGGCUUGGUGCAGUAUGACAGCGACUCUGCCUCUCCGUUCCCUCUGGCCGCGCAGGUGGGGCUGGCGGGGGGGGCGGCAGUGGUGGUGCUCGUGGUGCUGGUCAUCAUCCUCAUGUACAGGAGGAAGAGCAAGCAGGCUAUGAGGGACUAUAAGAAGGUCUUAGUCCAGCUGGAGACCCUGGAGAUCAAUGUGGGAGACCAGUGCAGGAAGGAAUUUACAGAUCUCAUGACCGAGAUGAUGGACCUCAGCAGUGACCUGGGGGGCCCGGGGAUCCCCUUCCUGGAUUACCGCUCCUACGCCGAGCGCGUCUUCUUCCCCGGCCAGCAGGGGGCGCCUCUGGCCCGCAGCCUGGAGCUGCCAGAGGCCCGCAGAGCCACCGUGGAGCAGGGCCUGAGCCAGCUGAACAACCUGCUCAAUAACCGGGCCUUCUUAAUCAAGUUCAUCCACACGCUGGAGUCCCAGCAGGGCUUCUCUCAGCGGGACAGGGGCUAUGUGGCCUCGCUCCUGACUCUGGCCCUCCAUGACAAGCUGGAGUACUACACCGACGUGAUGAAGGGGCUGCUGGGAGACCUGGCCGAGCAGUACGUGGCCAAGAACCCCAAACUCAUGCUGCGCAGGACGGAGACGGUGGUGGAGAAGAUGCUGACCAAUUGGAUGUCCAUCUGUCUGUACUCCUUCCUUAAGGAAGUGGCUGGGGAGCCCCUCUACAUGCUCUACAGGGCCAUCAAGUACCAGGUGGACAAGGGGCCUGUGGACGCAGUGACCGGGAAGGCCAAGCGCACUCUCAACGACAGCCACCUCCUGAGAGAGGAUAUUGACUACAACGCCAUGACUCUGACAGUGCUGGUGAAGACGGGCUCAGAGGUCCACCCCACGCCGGUCCGGGUCCUGGACAUCGACACGAUCACUCAGGUGAAGGACAAGAUCCUGGACCAGCACUCCAGCGUGUCCCCCCUCGCCCCCACAGAGACCCCCAUGCUGGAGGCGGAGGAGGAGGGGGGGCUGCGGCUGUGGCACCUGGUGAAGUCCAGCGAGGAGCCGGAGAUCCCCAAGCACAGGAAGAGCAGCGUGAGGGAGAGGGAGAGGGCCAAGGCCAUCCCCGAGAUCUUCCUCACCCGCCUGCUGUCCAUGAAGGGCACGCUGCAGAAGUUCGUGGACGACGUCUUCCUGUCCAUCCUGAGCACCAAGCGCCCGGUGCCGAUCGCCGUGCGCUUCUUCUUCGACUUCCUGGACGAGCUGGCGGAGAGGCACGGCAUCGCCGACGCCGAGACCGUGCACAUCUGGAAGACAAACAGGUGAGCCCCCCGCGCAGGGACCGCAGAGUGGUGAUGGGAUAGCUGUCCGCCAGGGUCACGGCGCGUGUGGGCUCACGGGGUCUGUGUCGCCGUGUGUGU